AUGUUGGUCAAUGCCAAUAAAAAUAAAUUUCACGAUUGGGAUGUAUUUUGUCAAAUGUUAAUAAAACAACAUACACCAAGUCCGACAUCAACUACAACAACCAGGCAAACGAUCGAAAUAAAUGACAAUAAUAAUCUAACAAUACCAGCACAAAAUGAUUUAUUACUGACUGAACUAACAACUGGAAGACGAAACAACUCAUCUACAAAUAUUUUGAAUAAAGAAUUAUCGUUCACAGAUCCUCUCAAUAAACCCUCAUCAUUAACAAAGUUUUCAAAUUCAUCAUCCACGAAAGAUUUUUUUACCACAAUGGUUGAACAUAAGAUGAAACAAUUGCCGACAUUUAGUGGUAAAGAUAAUGGAAAGGUUUGA